AACAAGGAAAAAGAAAACAAAAAACUCAUGUUUAUCAGUGGUGCGAAGCUGCAAAAUGUACUAAUAACAUAUUUGUAACUGGAUGUGAUAAUUUUAAAGAACAAUCACUCAAACGUCAUCUUGAAAAUGAAGAUUAUCAGAAAAUCCUGAAAACGCAUCCAGAAGCUUAA